GUUUAUUGUUUGUUUGUUUGUUUGUUUGUUUGUUUGUUUGUUUAGGGUUAUCGUGAGAAGAGAGCAUUCAUCAUAGCUCAGAGUCCAAUGGAGAACACAGUGAGAGAUUUCUGGAAGAUGAUUGUUGAUUAUAAAGUAUCAGCCAUUGUAAUGCUGUGUGGGACUGAAGAAGAUGGACAAGAGUGCUGCUAUCAAUACUGGAGGGAAUCAGAGAUUGUUCAAUUUGAAGAAUAUUUUGUUAAAUGUUUAUCAAGCAAAGACUGCAAUGGAUAUAUUGAGAGGAAGUUCAAUAUAUUCACAGAAAAGGGCAGUUCUUCAUGGGAUGUGAUGCAGUUUCAAGUGACUAACUGGCCUACAGAUGGUAUCAUUAGGGAACCACGUACUGUCCUACAAGUUAUUGAUGAAGUUAUACACAGACAACAAAAGAUUGGAGGAGGACCAGUAGUGGUACACUGUAGUGAUACAGUGAGUCGUUCAGGAGUCUAUUGUUCAGUGAGUAUUGCUCUAGAACAGUGUAAGGCAGAAGGUGUAGUGGAUGUGUUUCAAGUAACUAAAUCAGUGAGGAGGAGUAAACCAGGAGCUGUCACUACACUGGAUCAAUACAGUUCAAUAUAUGAAGUGAUUUCAAUGUACUUGAAGUUACACAGUACUUAUGCUAACUUUACAUAAUUUAAUAUAUUCAACCUGUUGCAUUGAUUAACUGUUGUAUUAUAGUGUGUACUGGCCAGUAGAUGUAGCUUUAGUUUUAAUGUAUUAAGUUCUUUAUUUUUGUCAA